GAAGAAGAAGAAGCAGCACAGGAAGAAGCGACAGUGGGGAAUAGCAGAAUCAAGAAUGCCUUUCCAUUUCUGCCCUCAAUGUGGGACGAAGUUGCAGCCUGAUUUCAGAUUUUGUCCAUCUUGUGGGGAGAAGCUUCCGUGUCCUGUAGAUGAACCUGUGAGCUCGGAUGCUUCUUUUAGUCUCUUUCCACCCAAAAAGGGUGACAUAACAACACCAGUAGCUAAGACAAGUCAUGCUCUAAGCACAAGUUGUGAGCCUAAGGAAAUCCCUUCAUGUAUCACCCCAAGUCCAGUUUCAACUCGUCCUGCACUGCGAAAGGCUCGUAACUCCCUUCGUCUGGACAGGGAAGUUAAAUUCAGCAUUAAAGAUACUGCUCCACCUGUGGUGCCCUCAGCUAAUGCUGUCAGAGAUGACAAGACUGAAGAUAAUGGCGCUGGACUCCACGUGUCUCCACCAAAGGAGCACACAGCUGCUUUCAAACGUGACACAGAGGAACCAACUUUAAAGUCUUCAGCUUCUCCUGUCGUUAGAUCUCCUCGAGUUGUCAGGGGAAAGGCAAAACUCUCCAGUCCUGCUAAGAAGCCAGUAGAAGGAAAGACGCUGACUGACAAAGCAAGUGGGAAGGCAGAGGGGUCAACAGUAGACAGUUCUCCUGUGGCUGUUCUCUCUCCGGUUUCCUCACCAGUCUCUAGGUCUCCUUUAAAAGCGACAGGAAAAAGCAAGGCCAAAAAGGCCAAGCAUGCGCUGCCGGUGGAGCCGUUACAGGGAGGCGAGGAGGUGACAGACACAACAGGAAAGAAAUGGAAACUGAUGAAACUGCUCAGUCAGAGCCCAACAGAUGUUAUCUAUGAAGUUUUGCAGACAGUUUCACGAUCCAGUACCAAGGAAUCAAAUCACAUCCUAAAACUGGGAGCUAAAGAUGGUAAAAUCUUCAAUGAGCAGAACUUUCUGCAGAGAGCUGCUAAACCUGCAUCUGUGGACAAGUGGAUCAAGCAAAAUAAGAUGGAUUUUCUGGGGAUUCCUUCUUGUGUUGGUUUUGGUCUUCAUGGAGAUUCCUACAGGUUUCUGAUUUUCCCCAACAUGGGCCAAUCUCUCCAGUCUGUCACUGAGGAAGAAAAUGAGUUUCUGUCUGAGAAAGCUGUUCUUCAGCUCGCCUGUAGACUAUUAGAUGUUCUGCAGUAUAUCCAUUCAAACGAGUAUGUUCAUGCUGAUAUUAAUGCAGAAAACAUCUACAUCAAACCAGGACAGACAUCACAGGUCUACCUUGUAGGAUACUACCAUGCCUUCAGGUACUGUCCAGGGGGCCAACACGUAGAAUACCGUGAAGCCAGCAGGACACCACAUGAGGGCACCAUAGAGUUCAUCAGCCUGGACGCACACAAGGGAGCAGCACCGUCUCGACGCAGUGACUUGCAGUCUCUGGGCUACUGCAUGCUGCGAUGGCACACAGGGACGCUGCCGUGGACUGACCUCACUCAACUGGACCAAGUAACCGCCCAGAAACAGAGGUACAUGGAGGAUGUUCCUUCACUGUUGAGGCACUGCUUUGGGAAGAAGAGAGUUUCCAAAGCAUUUCAAACCUACCUGACCGCAGUGAUGGCUCUGCAGUACUCGGAGCAACCCGACUAUUCAGCGCUAAAGGCCGGACUCAGUGCAGCCUUACUGCAGAUGGGGGGUUCGCUGGAGCAGCCACUUAGUUUUUAGAACUGGGACAAAAGGAAGACAUAUGGAACAAGGACUGUCUUUUUUUCUUUUUUUAUAAUGCUGUGUUUUAUCUGUGAUGUUUUAUUGCACUGAAAGCAGAGUUAGAGGUCAAUAUGUGCAAAUGAAUCGUUAGAAUCAUUUGUCAUAAAGCUUGUGGUCAUACAGUUUUCACUGGGGACAUCAUUUCAAGCAUCCGUGUUGUGGUUUCUCAUAAAUUUCACUGUGGUUUUUAGUAUCUCAAGAGUAACUUGAAUGGGAGAGGGAUUCAGGUUCCUGAUGCACAGAUUUUGGGUGAUAGUGAUAUUUUGUUAGUGUCACUGUGUCCUUGUGAAUUUUGUCUGGUUUUAGACAUUUGAACAGGUUGCUUGUUAAAAAACAAAAUUCUGUUCAGUGAAUUUACCUGCAUUUUUUUUUUUAUGGGGGGGGGGGGGGGGGGGUAAGAAUGAGGGGAGAGCAGGAUUGACAAUGCAAAUUUUGAUGUUAUGAUGUGAACUUAGUCCUGCUAUUUCCUUCUGCUGAGCCAAUGCACAGAUGUGGAUUAACAUAACCCCUCAAUUCUUUCUUAAAUGUAGACAUAGUUAAUCCGCUUGAAUAAAAUAUAAAUAUUUCUUUUACAAAACAGUGCCUACGUGCCUUUUGACAUUCAAUUCUUGGAAGUCAAAGAGCAACUCAUUUAUGCUCAUUGCUCUUCAUCUUCAAUUUAAGGGGUGUUUUAAAAAAAAAGAAUCUUCAGGAAAUGUUGGUUUUGUUCUCUUGUUGUGACUCUGUCACAGUUCUGACACAUGCUGAUUCAUUCAAUACAACAACAGACGUGUUACUUUUAAA